UUAUUAAUUAAUAAACCAGUUCGAUAUUAUUGGCACUGUCGUCACAAGUUGAGGGUCAAACGCCAGUAAAACGUAAUAUGGAAUUGAAUGAAAAACCGGUUAAAUGUCGCAGUGUAUGUUUAUCUGCCGGUAGAUCCGGACCAGUCCGUGCUGUACAAAAAAGGAUAAUGACCUUAUUAAGUUCGAUCUUGAUCGCUGCUAUAAUCCUCGCGAGCCAAAAUUUCGAACUGUCUAAAGGAGAUUGGCAUAAUUCGACACAAUUACACAAUGCAUAUCAAAACGACACCAGACCCUUUCAGAACAUAACAAACAGACCUAAUCAAGAACAAAUACAAAACCACACUGAUCUACCAACGCUCUUACGCAUGUCCUUGCAUGAGCAUAAUAUUUGGCCAUUAGAAGAUAAAAAAGAAGACAAUAAAACAGCAAAUACGCUUCAAACAGUUUAUGGCGAGCCAGUUACCGCAGAAAGUUAUGGAUCUUAUCUGAGAGAAAACAAAAAUUCACCGUUCAUAGCAGGAGGGAACACUCUGACUUUCGGAGAACCGCUGCCGCUGGUUGAGUGGCACGUUGGUGUAUAUAGCAAGGCUUUUCAGCCCUACAUGCAGAUUUGCGGCGGGACGCUAGUUACUACUAAGGCUUUUAUUUCAGCGGCGCACUGUUUUUGGAGUGAGCUGGAUGGCAGCGCGCUACCUGCGUCGCAGUUCGCGGCGGCGGCCGGCAAACUUUACCGACCGUGGGAAGAAAGCUAUGACUUUGAGGCACAACAGGCUGACAUAUCCGCAAUACACCUCCCCGCGCGUUUUCGCGGCGCCACCGCCAGCUUCCAAGACGACAUAGCUGCAGUACUGUUGGCGAAGGAGUUUGUAAUCACCUAUCGGGUCCGUCCGCUCUGUGUUCGCUUUGAUGAAGACUUGGAGGCUGAUAUACUGCGCAGUGGGAAUGAAGGCAGGAUAGUGGGUUGGGGUCUGACAUCAGAAGACGGGACGCCAGCGCAGACGCUACAAUCCCUGGACAUGCCGUAUGUGCCUAUCGACGAAUGCAUCGCUAGCGCAGAGCCCAGCUUCCUUAAGUACAUUACCAGUGACAAGAUCUGUGCGGGCGUUACCACAGGCAAGUCAUUAUGCCGCGGAGACAGCGGCGGCGGUCUGGUCUUCUUCGACCAUUACGAUUCACAGCCCCUCCUGUACGGCGUGGCGUCCACCGCACCGCGCAACGCGCACAGCUGCAAUACGCGCGCCCGCGCCGCGCUCACGCGCGUGCUUGCGCACCGCGCGUUUCUGCGCACGCAUAUACUGGAUAUAGAGGCGUGCGCGCAGCUUGGGAUUUCUAGUAGGUUCAAGGCUGAUGAUGAAAAGAUAGAAGUACAUCAGUGCCCGACGCAACCAGUUUUCAAUUGCAAUUGCUACUGUAAUUGCAAUAAUUCUACUGCACCAUAACUAUCUACACUGCAUUUUAGAGGUAUUUUUUACCGGGAAUUAGAGUCAGACCAAGCUGUUGGCAACGAUUUUGAUAGCCCAGCCUCUGCAAGUGUUAAGUAAACGUCAUAAUUUCAUAGAAGUUUGUUAUUGCAUGGAUUAUAAUAUGCAAUAUAAUUAUUUUCAGUCUAACACAUGUGCUACAAUGAAAAUUCUAUAGAAUUUGCGCAUCGUUUAAUUACGGUAGAAUACUGUACAAUAUUUUACAAGGAUGCUCUUGUUUAACUAUAAUUAAGUAUUCUUGCAAAUAAAUGAUACCUAUUGAUUGA